UCCACCAGUAGGCUUCCUGGUAUGUUGUUAUUGACCCUCAACUUCAUUUGCAAUGCAUAUGUGUUUGGGUGCGUCUCGCCACCGCUGCCGUCUGUCCUACUCCAGUUCCCCGUGUGCGCUUUGACAUCGCAGGAUAGAGACUCAGAGAGAGAGCGUGAAAGAGAGCGUAGAUCACUGCAAAGCACCAUGGUGCUAUCAGAACUAGGAAGCAUAUAGUGUAUGUUUAAGCCUUUUUCUGAGGGGGUUAAAGAGGAGAGCAGGCCAGGAUGCUAACCAAGAAGAGGUAUGUUCUGGAGCCUCCCCAGGUGAAGGGAUACCUGGUUAAGGGAGAAAGGUUCGUCAAAUGGUCGGAGGACUCCACCAAGACGGGUCCUGUCACUAUGAAGAUGGACCCAAAGGGAUAUUACCUGUACUGGACCAACCAAAGCAAGGAAACAACAUUCCUUGAUGUGGCCCACAUCAGAGACACCAGGAUAGGGAAAUAUGCCAAACUCCCUAAACACCCCAAGGUCCGUAACGUGUUCAACCUGGAUUUCCCAGACAGCAACCACCUUUCUAAAUCAAUUACCAUUGUCACGGGCAUGGACAUGGUGAACCUGACUUACUACAACUUCUUUGCCAGCAAGGAAAAAAUCACACCGAACUGGGCCGCGGACGUCCUUGCCAUUGCGUACAAUGCGUCGAGAAACAAUUCAUGCAGACAAAUCUUCCUGGAUAAAAUAUUUGUGCGCAUCUGUAUUCACACCAACAAGGAUGGCAAGAUCCCUGUGAAACACAUUUACAAAAUGUUCCCGGCAGACAAGAAGAGGGUUGAGAGUGCGCUAGCAGCCGCUCACCUCCCUAAAGGAAAGUAUGACACUAUUAAGCCUGAUGUGUUCACUGAGGCCGCCUUCAAGAUCUUCCUCAUGAACCUGUGUCCUCGGCCUGAGAUCUACGAGAUCUUCUCGACCUACACUGCCAAGCCCUUCAUGACGAAGGACAUCUUCACCAAGUUCCUCAACGAGAAGCAGAGGGACUCUCGGCUCAACGAGGAGCUGUUCCCCCGCCUCAGGGCCGACCAGAUCAAGGCUCUGAUCGAAAAGUACGAGCCAGGCUCCAACAAGGGCCAGAUUUCUCCCGAGGGCCUGAUGUUUUACCUCAUGGGCUCGGAGACCUCCAUCAUCAUCCAGGACAGGCUGGCCACCUGCAACGACAUGACCCAGCCCAUACCUCACUACUUCAUCAAGUCCUCCCACAACACCUACCUCACAGCCGGCCAGUUCUCGGGCGUGUCCACCCCAGAGAUGUACCGCCAGUGCCUGCUCUCGGGCUGCCGGUGUCUGGAGCUCGACUGCUGGAAGGGCAAGCCCCCAGAUGAAGAGCCCUACAUCACCCACGGCUUCACCAUGACCACUGAGAUCCUCUUCAAGGAUGUGAUCGAAGCCAUCAACGAGAGUGCCUUCAAGACCUCCCCAUUCCCAGUGGUCCUCUCCUUUGAGAACCACGUGGACUCGGUGAAGCAGCAGGAGAAGAUGGCCAACUAUUGCAGAACCAUAUUUGGUGAUGCCCUGCUUACGGAACCGCUGGAGAAAUACCCUCUGAAGCCCGGUCAGCAGAUCCCCAGCCCCUCGGAGCUCAUGGGGAAGAUCCUGAUCAAGAACAAGAAGGGCCACGACAAGCCCGCCAUCGUGGAGCAGGCCCCGCUCCCAGAGGUGGGCGACGCAGCGACGGACCCCGCCGCUCCGGGAGCCCCCCCGGAGGCCCCGGCUGACGCCAAGGCGGCUGCUGUGGACGAGAACGAGGAGCAGGACGAUGCGGACGAGCAGGACGAGGAGAAGAUGAAGACCUCGGAUGAGGGCACUGCAGGACAGGAAGUCACGGCCUACGAGGCCAUGUCCUCUAUAGUCAACUACAUCCAGCCCAACAAGUUCAUGUCUUUUGAAAACUCCAAAAAGAAGAACAAGAGUUACGGCAUCUCGUCUUUCGUGGAGACCAAAGGAGAAGCGAUGAUUGCCAAGAGUGCAGUGGAGUUCGUCGAAUAUAACCGGAGGCAGAUGAGCAGGAUCUACCCUAAAGGAACCAGGAUGGACUCCUCCAAUUACAAUCCCCAGCCCUUCUGGAACGCCGGCUGCCAGUUCGUGGCCCUCAACUAUCAGACUAUGGAUUUCCCAAUGCAGCUCAACAUGGCGUUGUUUGAGUACAACGGGAGGUCGGGUUACCUCCUCAAGCACGACGUCAUGCGACGCAGCGACAAGAAGUUUGAUCCGUUCUGCGAGAGGAUAGACACCAUCAUAGCCAACACGCUGAGCAUCAAGAUCUACUCAGGGCAGUUCCUGAGCGACAAGAGUGUGAAGACAGGUGUGGAGGCGGAGAUCAUCGGACUGCCGGGAGAUCCCAAGAAAAAGUUCCGCACUAAAUGGACCGCCACGGCAAACGCCAUCAACCCUGUGUGGAACGAGGAGCCCUUCGUCUUUGAGAAGAUCCUGCUACCCGAAAUGGCCUCCCUCCGGCUCGUGGUCCACGAGGAGAACGGUAAAUUCCUGGGACACAGGAUCCUCCCUCUGGAUGCCAUUCAGUCAGGCUUCCAGCACAUCGCCCUCCGCAGCGAGGGUAACAUGGUGCUGACGCUGCCCGCCCUCUUUGUGUACAUCGAGAUCAAGGACUACAUCCCGGCCGCCUUCGCAGAUUUCACGGAUGCCUUGUUCAACCCAACAAAGGGCACAGAGAAGACCACCACCAAACCACAGGAGUCCUCCUCCUCCUACGUCAGCCCCUACGAGAUGCCCGCCGUUGCCGCCGUGGCGUCGGCCACUCCCGCUCCUGAUACAGCUAAAACUCCAGAGACCAAGACAGACGCCGUGGAACCGCCAGCGGCUGAGGCAGAGGCCACAAAGGCGGCAGAAGGAGAACCCAAAGCUGAGGAAGAACCAAAGACUGAGGAGGCUCCCAAGGCCGAAGAAGAACCCAAAGUUGAGGAGGCUCCAAAACCUGAAGAAGAACCCAAGGCUGAAGAAGAACCCAAAGUUGAGGAGGCUCCAAAGGCUGAGGAAGAACCCAAAGCUGAAGAAGAACCCAAAGCUGAAGAAGAACCCAAAGCUGAGGAAGAACCCAAGGCUGCAGAAGAACCCAAGGCUGCAGAAGAACCCAAGGCUGCAGAGGAGGCGGAGGUCAUCCCAGAGGCCGCCUUAGAACCAGCACCCGGCACCGAACCUGAGCCCGCCCCUGAGGGGCCGGUCAGCGAGCCGGACCCCGGGGUGGAGGAGACUCCAGCCGCUGUGGUUCCCGUCGCGGUCGACUCUACUCCUCCUCCGUCCGCUGGAGACCCCAUCACGGUGAGUGUUGAAGAGCUCCUCCAGCACAAGAACUACAUCAAGGUCACCAAGCGGCAGGAGAAGGAGAUAAAGGAGCUGGAGAAGAAGCUUCAGAAGAAACAGGAGGACCUGAUACAGAAAAGCACCGACAGCUUCAAGGCCUACAAGAAGAAGGGCUCCCUCAAGAAAAAGGAGGGGGAGGGGGAGUCGACCCAGGCUAAGGAGCAGAAGGAGAAACUCCAAGGGGAUCUGAACACGCUGUUGGAAGAUCAGUGCAACCAGAUGAAGAAGAAGAAAGACACUCACGCCACUGAGAAACUGGCCAAGCUGCUGGAGUUGGCCACAGAGAAACACACCAGUGAAAUGAAGACACUUGAAAGUGAAAACAAAGACAGCAAGAAGAAGGGAAUGUCCAAACGUGCGUCCGAUAAAAAGCUGAAAAAGGCUGCGAGCGUGGAGAUGUUGGACGAACCAGCCCAGACCGAUGGAGCUGACAACAGCCUACAACAGGAGGCUCUGACCAAGAAACAGGCUGCCACCCUGGAGGAGAUCAAGGCCCUGGCCAACCAGUUCAACAAAGAGUCGCUGGAUGAACGGGAGACGAGGAUGAGGUCACUGCCGGCCGAGGUGAAGAAGGCCACCAAUGCCUGCCUGAGCGACCACUACCCCGAACUGGUGGACAACUCGGAGGAUAAGAAGACGGAGGGAGAGAACACCUAUGGAGACGUAUUUAUGGGUUAGGAUGUAUGUUUGUGUGUGUGUGUGUGUGUGUGUGUAUUCGCUUGUGUUUGAGUGUGCAAAUGUUUGUGUGUGUGUGUGUGUGUGUCUGUGUGUGAGCGCUUGUGUGUGUGUGUG